AUGGAGGAGUGUGAGAGUCUGGAUCCGGAGAUGACAGAGCUGCAGGAGCUUCAGUCUGAAACCUCCGAGGCCGUCAGUCAGGACGAUGAGGACGAGUUAGAGGAGCUGCAGAACAGUCUGCGAGAGGUUGUCCAGGACCAGUCGGUGAAGCCCAAACUGCAGUGCCUGAUGGUGGAUCCAUCGUUCUCCAUGGUGACAGUGCAGAGUGAGGACAGUGGUAUCGUUUGGGAGACAGCCUCCAGCCGCUGCUCUACUCCCUGGGCCUCCGAGACAAGCUCCAAUUCUGAAGCCUACAGCAUGGAUGGCUCUGGAGCCGCGGGGAAGAUCACCAUCGUCUUCGAUGAGGAGCGAAUAGUCCGCAGGAGGAUUAGGUCUGGAGGAAGGAGCAGCAGACUGGGGGACAGGCUUAGCCGACCUGGCAGCUCGAGAUCCGCCUCAGUGUUGGGAGUGGAGCGACCGGAGAUGAUGGAGGUCUCUCUCCCCAACGUCAAAGAGGAGAAAACGGAAACAGAGCCAGACCUGGAAGAAAUCAAAAACAAAGACCAGCAACUGUUUAGUUUGAUUUCUGAGGGUUAUGAGAUCCUCAACAUCAGGGUCCCCUCCAAACUUCCUACUGUGGAUGAGGAGGAGAGCACGGAGCUGCACGACAAUUUGUCUUAUCUGGACCAGACUCCACAGAUCAGGUCCCGAAAUCCCCAUGACUGGACACCAAGUCAUGUCCUGCCAGAGGAGAGGGAAGUACUGGAUCACCAAGAGGACUCGUCUCAGCCAUCUGCAGACACAGAAGCCGGACACACACCCACUCAGAAAGAGAGCACCAGUGACUUUGACUACUUUGAGAAUUUUACCCUCUUGGAUCAUGCAGUUCCUGGAGAACAAGUUCCAGAGCUGCAGCAGAAGGAACAACAGCCUCCAGUGACACCCCAGGAUGAGGAGCAAACACCUGCUAAGGAGAUGGUCACAGACAGCCCCUCUGCAUCAGAAGACUCUUUUGUCUUUGUAACAGAUGUGGAUAUGGUUGAAGAACACCUGGAUGAGGUCUUCUACGGAGAAGGAUCUCCUGCUGAUGCACCGCAGCGGAAGGACGAUGACGAGGCAGACGGAGGAAUUAGGAUGAGGAUGAGGCGAGAGAGCCAGAGAACAAUGAAGGAGGGCGGUUCAGUGUUGUUUGGGAGCGAAGAGACAACGCUCACACCCAUCUAUAUUUCCCCUGGACCCCCGAAGAUCAUCGACCUCAUCCUUCUGGAGGAGCCCACCGCCAUGUCCUUCAUGUACUCUGACCUCUACGAGGACGCUGUAGGCCAGCGGCAGAGGAGUGACGAGGAAUACUCAGAGGCGGAGAGCGUCACGUCUGAGAAGUCUUACAAGAGACGUUUCUCGGAUUCAGACGAGGCAGACGGCUACCUGGAGAAGUUUAUUUUGAAGGAUGAAACUUCCACAGUGGAGGCCCAACCUGAGUCUGUGAAGGAUAUGAAGGAGGGGAGGAUGAUGUUUUCACAUACUAAGUUUGAGAUGACAGGGUGUCUAACAAGGAUGGUUGAAGAAGCAGAAAUAGACAAGACAGAGGAACCGAAGAUACAGGAGGUCAGAGCUGGAGACAGCAGAGGUGAUGUGCAAUCAGCAACUUUUGAGGAGGAAAUAGAAGGAGAGAAACUCUCAAUGCUGACUGGAGAGCUGGAUGGGGAAGAGGCCCCUGAAGAAUCAGUUCAGGGGUUUAAACUGACAGAGGAUAAGGAAAUGAAACAUGAGGUAAAAAAAGACCAGGCCGAGCCCCAGACUAGCAGCACUAAUGAACCACUCCCUGAUAUUCAAGAGGUGGAGAAGGAAGUAGAGCAAAAAGAAAGAGAGAGUGAGGAGCAUCAGAGAGAAGAGCACAAACAAAGUGAGCAGAGAUUGACUGAAACCAAGCAACCAUAUCAGACACAAGAAGUGGUGGGGGAAAUGCCUGAAGGGCUUGUGAAGGCCAAAGAUGAGACAGCACCAGAAGAAUCAGUUCAGGGGUUUAAACUGAGUGAGGUUAAGGAAAUGAAACAUGAGGUAAAAAGAGACCAGGCCGAGCCCCAGACUAGCAGCAGUAAUGAACCACUUCCUGAUAUUCAAGAGGUGGAGAAGGUAGUAGAGCAAAAAGAAAGCGAGAGUCAGGAGCAUCAGAGAGAAGAGCACAAACAAAGUGAACAAAUCUUGACUGAAACCAAGCAACCAUAUCAGACACAAGAGGAGGUGGAAAAAAUGCCUGAAGGGCUUGUGAAGGCCAAAGAUGACACAGCACCUGAGAGCAACGAAGUGCCACAGACGGACGAUCAAUCAGAAAUCCAAACAGAAGCCAGUGAAAAUAACUUAUCUGAAGAGGCAGCUGCUGACACCAAGAUGGAGGAUGCUGAUGAGAAAACAACGACUGAGGCCAAACCAGAGGUCGUGGUCGAAGAGGAAGUUAUCACCUCGACCACCUCAGGUGAAAUGAGGACAUCAGUUGAAACGUCACCGUGUGAGCAAACAAAAGACAUUCCUGAGGAUGUUGGACCUGUCGAAGUCAUCACCGACUGCAAUAGUGCAGUGCAAGCAGUUGUGGAGGUAACUGAAAAAGCAGUGAAUGAAAAAGAGAUCCAAACCAAGGUUCAGAUUGAUCUUCAGGAGGCAACACAUGAUAAUACAGCAGAUGUUCCAAUGGCAACGCUGGAGGCUGCAGCUAAGAGUCAGUCACCGGAAUUUGUCACUGAAGCUCAUCAGGAAUCAGAUGUUAAAGCCGAGAUUUCAAGCGAAGUCGCCGAACCCGUGAUGCCAGACGAAAUCGAGACGGAUUCAAACGAAAAACAUCGUGAAAUGGUUGAAGCCCUGCAGCAGCAACCAGAGGAAUCAAUGACUGAAGUCAAAGCUAAAACACCCACAGACGACACUGGGACUGUAGUUCAAGACAUGGUGAGUGUAGGUGACGAGUUGAUCCUCCUCGUCCCCAAAGGACAAGCUGUAGAGAUGGACAUUGACAUCAGUCAGUGGUCAGACAAGACCCCAAGUGAUGAAAAAGCUGUCCCUGAACCUGAUAGUGUAUAUGAGCAUCUUGUAGCAUCUGAAGAUAUACCAAUGCUAAUCAAAGAAACAAAGACAGAGACUCAGUUGGAAUUAGAACCAGAAGUUCAUGAAAAGGUAGAAGAACCUCUUGAAAAUGACUUAGACAGAGCGUACUCACCACCUGCUCCUGAGGAGGAGGUCCACACAGAGGAGAAGAAGACGGAGGAGGACGUAGAUGAAGACGAGGGUGUCUUUUCUCCUCUUAGGACAUUUACUCCCCUGGAGGAUUUAUCUGGGCUUCAGGGAGAGGAUAUACCACCAGAAGAACCAGAUGUUGAACUGAAGGCCGAGGUGAACGAAGCGGCAGAUGCCCCAGAAGCAAUCAUUAUAAUCCAGGAUGUAGCUCCAGAUGUUGAUCUGCAAAGAGAGGAUACAGAGCAAAGGAUGGAGCAAGAUGAAGUGGAUGAAGAGGCUCCAGAAGCUCCUGUGGAGGAGUUGGAAUAUGAGAUGAUUUCUAAACAGGAUGCAGAGGAGAUGCCUGAAUCGGAAACACAAAGAGAUGCAGAGGAAUCCAGGCCUGAGUCUGGCCAGAGCAAAGAGGAGAGGAGAGGUGUAGAGAUGGAGAUGGAGGAGGCAGAGGAGAAAGUGUCCCCAGAAGAAGAGCUGAUCGAGGCUGACUAUGACAUCAUCGAUGCUGAGGAGGAGAAUCAGGCCCGACUGGCUGCUGAGCUGCAGGAGAUGGACUGGUUCUGUCUCACCUGUGGAUGUCUGCUGCCAGAGGACGAAUGUGAGUCAGGGAAACAUCAGAGCCAUGAGGGGAUGUCGGUCGACAAAGCAUAUGAGGAAGUCAAGGAGAAGCUGAGUGACUGGAUCUCAGAGCUGCAGGGUCGGUCAGAGAACAUUGAGGACUUGGUGUCUGAACUGGAGCUGGCCUACAACUCUGUAGAGGACCAGUGUGUGGAUGGCGAGGUGGCGAUGCAGGCACAGAACGAGGAGAUGAUGGCUCUGGUGAUGGAGCAGUACAACAACAUGUCCGUCAGCAUGGAGGAGGAGAAGAAGGCCAAGCUGGAGCAGUUGUACGACCAGAUAGUCUCCUUCCAGGAGAGCAUUGACACCACCAAGGCCACGCUGGAGACCACUGCCAGAGAGGCCGAGACCGAUGCACGGGUGAAAGUUAAACGUUGUGGUCGUGUGUUUAGGCUCGAGGCAGCUCUAGACUCAGCCAUGUCACUGGAGCUGGGUCCCAAGGGACUACUGGUGUUCGAGGACUACGCCAAGGGCAACACCUCCAGCUCACACGUCGAACAUCGCAAGGGAAUCCCAGUGCCUCAGAGGCCCACGCUGCAGCCCCAGGAGCCAGGCUCAGCCACCAGCACCAGUGUCACCGUUUACUGGAAGGUCAACCCUGGAGAUAUCAUAGACUGCUUCCAGGUCUACUGCAUGGAGGAUCCACAUGGAGCUGUGUCCGAGGAGUACCGUGUGACAGUGAAGGAGAGUUACUGUGUCUUGGAGGAGCUGGAGCCUGAUAAGACAUACAAGGUGUGGGUGAUGGCUGUCAACUACACAGGCUGCUCUCUGCCCAGCGACAGACUCGCCUUCACAACCGCUCCAUCAGUGCCAGUGAUUGACACAGAGCGCUGUACUAUCAUGUGGGACUCGGCCACGCUGAGGUGGCAGAAGCAGAACCCCGGACAGAGUUACACUCUGGAGUACUGCCGUCAGUAUGACCUGGAGGGAGAGGGGCUCAGAACUAUCUCAGGUAUCAGGAUCUGUGAACAGAGGGUUCUUCUGCAGCCCAAUGAGAAUUAUCUGUUUUACAUCAAAGCUGUGAAUGAGGCUGGAGCCAGCGAACAGAGCGAGGCUGCACUCAUCUCCACAAAAGGUACGAGGUUCCACCUGCUGAAGGCCUCGGCUCACCCUGCGUUGGAGCUUUCAGAGGACCAGACCGCUCUGCACUUUUCCCAGGACACGCGUGAAAACAUGCCACUCGCAGACAAACAGUGUCCAUCCGUCCUGGGUGAGUUGCUGUCAGCACGUGGGCGUUACUACUGGGAGACGAUUGUCUCAGGAAGCACAGCGUACAGACUUGGAGUGGCGUACAGCGCAGCCAAUAGAGGCAGCUCACUGGGGGAAAACAGCCAGUCAUGGUGUUUGCAGUGUGUCCCUACACCCUCAGGUUGCAGAUAUCAGCUGCUCUACAACCACGUUCAGUCCAGCGUGUUUGUGAUUGAGGUGCCGGAGCGAGUAGGUACCCUCCUGGAUUACCAGCUCGGUCGUCUGUCUUUCUACAACCCCCUCAGUGGUCAGCUGCUGGGGACGUUCAGCCAGCGCUUCACCCAGCCGUGCCACCCUGCUCUGGCCCUGGAGAUGCCGGGCAGUCUGGAAGUCAGGAUGGUGCUGGAGGUGCCAGAGUUUACCAAGGACAGUUAGCUCAACUACCCACAUGAAGAGUUUACACUAAAUGAUGGACAAUAUCACUUUCUUUAUGUUUUUUUUAAUGACCACUAUUCUACUGAGAAGAGCACCGAUCUGACAGGACAUCAAAUAUAUUUAAAUCCACAGACAAGCAGGAAGACACAAAUGGAUCCUAUUCAUUUAGAGCGCCAUUGAUUGGUUGUUUUGUUGUUUAAAGGGCCCAUAUUGUAUAAAAUACAUUUUCUGGGCUUUAACUAUCCGUUAUUACUUGAAGGAGUCAGUAAGGACCCUCAAAGUAUGAAAACAGUCACUGCGCAGACUUUUGCACUCAGUCCAUUCUAAGAAAUAUGUUGUCGAAACGUCUCGUUUUCUUACUUCCUCCCCCGAAUGAUGUCAUUCAGGAUCCCACUCGUCUCUCUAAGCCACACCCAGCCGGUACCAGUACAGCCUACAAACCCACCAACACCGCUCAAAGUCACCUCCACCACCACCUCCCCUCCACACCGAAUGCGACACCCAGCAGACAUGUUGCUGAGCUAGCAGCUUGUUAGCUUCCACAGGCUGACCACAACAAACAACACUGAAGAAACACUGCAGCAUGGAGGGAUGCAAGGUAGAGAAUGUGUCCCUGCACAUUCCUCCUGAGAGCGUUACUGUUCGAGACCAGCGGCUACACUUUGUUUCUUCUGACGUGCCGUGUCGCUGUGCUCAGUACGAAGUAACGUAGACAUUACACCGUAAUGAAACUCUGUGCUGUAACUCAGGAUUUACUCCUACAUGGCGACUGUCCUGCUGAAACUUGAACAGACAUGAGGACGGUGCUACUUACCGUUCAGAAACAUCCUGUUGUAACCGAAGCUGUGUUUACCUGGGUGAAUGCGCAAGAAGGAGACCGCGGAUAGGCCUGGUCGCGUGUCACUCAUAGUGCAGUCUGCCAAUCAGAGGAGGGGCUCAAGAGGCAGGCAAAAACCGUCUGUUCUGUCUGCAGCUCCAGAGAGAGGCAGAGGAGAGGACAUGGAAACACACAUAGCAGCAGUUAUUUUGGCUUUAAACCACUGAUAUAUCAUCUUAGGUGUACCAGGACCUCUAAUUAAAUCCCAGAAUGGUGUAAAAUAUGGGCCCUUUAAAGGAACCUGAUCGGCCUAGAGCUCAAUGUCCUGUGAUCGAGCUAAGGCAGAACGAUAUGGUCAAAAAUUAUAUAAAGAUAAAAAAUGCUAAUAUUAGUUGAUAUCGAUAAUCAUCACGAUAAAUGUUACAUUAUUAUGUCUUAGGUUUAAAGACGGAUUUUGCUCCUGAGUGAAGGUUGUGGUUUUAAACUCGUCUUUAUGGACAGAGGAUAACAAACACAAUGAGGUAAAUUAUGAGUUAUGCCUCUUCACUGUGCCUGCACAACAGAUAGUCAUUAUAGAGCUAUAUAUGUGACUUUUGCCAUUUUGCUAUUAAAAUGACAUUAGGAUUAUUAUUGAUAUUGUUUCAUUGCCAAGCCUUAGAUCAAACACAAAUGAAAACCUGGAGAAAUUAAAAAUGUUAUUUUGCAAAUAUCAAAGAGAGAAGCAAGUGUGGAACAUAACUGGAAUUCAAUCAGAGUUGACAUUUUUUCACCGGUGAGCAUCUUGUACUUUGUUUUGUGGAGGGAGAAGUGAAUUGUGUUGUGGAUUAUUCUGUAAUUAUGGCCAUAAUGUAUGUUUUGUAAAUGUUUGUUGAUUUAAUAUACUCUCAGUUGCCUUACUGACCUGACACUGUGAGUAAAGGCUCCGACACAUUGAAGUCAUAGCUGUGAUAGAUCAAGUCUUUUGUCAGUUUAUAUCUCCAAAAAGAUACUGUAGCACUUUUUAAAUUGUGUUUCAUAUUGUGAAUAGGUCUAUUUGUGUAAAUAACCUUUGUAAACAGAUCAGUUCUUUAAUUUGUGUUUAUGUGCAUUUGAUUGUCAACAAAGAUCAACUGUUUUACUUCCUCUGUCCUGUAAAACCUAUUUUUAACCCUGAGCUGAAUGAAAACGAUUUUUGUUUUCUAAUUGCAC